UGCUGGACCCUGUAUAUAAGCCAGGAGUGGUACCCGUUUUAAUCAUUGUAGUUCCCAAGUUGGAAGACAAUUUACAACCAAAACCAACUAUGUUCAAGGCUAUCGUCCUCGCUUGUGCCGUCCUGGCCACCGUUUCUGCUGUAGUUCUUCCCCUCGGAGGAGCCGUCGUACGCGUCCCAAGCCUCGACAGUGCUGUUGUCAAAUCUGAUAGGCUCGGAGGCAACUUCGCCUACAGCGCCGUCGAAGGUCACGCCUACGCCGUCGUCAACCCUGUUGUUCAGCACGUGCAGACUCCCGUUGCCGUAUCUUACAACGCCCACCCCGUUGCUGUUCCUGCUGUCGCCAGGGUCGCCGUUCCCGCCGUCGCCCCUGUAGCUGUUCACUCGACUACCGUCCACCACCCCAGCUACCUCCUCUAAAUAUUAAGACUUUGCAAUAAAAUAAAUUAAAAACACAAA